AUGAAGUACCUACUGGUUGCGUUCGGCUUGUUCGCCAUUUCUACGCUUUCCUUUGCUGAAGAGAUCUCCGAAACUGGACAAGAAGUUUUGAAGAAGAUUAGAGCACUUAAGGAGGAGGAGAAACAACUUUUGGCGACUAUUACCGAUGAGGAGCAGAAGGAUCUUGUCGAAGAGGCUCUAGACAAGCAUGAAGAGACUGAGGACAAUAAAGCUAUUGCCACUCUGGAAAAGGAGCAGAAGGAGGAAGCCGAAGAGGAGCAGCACCCACGUGAGAAGCGCGCCGCUCACAAAGGAAAGAGAAGACACGCUAAGGCCAAGGCUCGCCGUGCCCGUAAGCUUGGCGCGCACAAGAGACGUGCCCACGCUGCCCGACACCGUGCCAACCUUCGCCGCGCCCGACGCAACCACCGUAUCAAGAAGAUCCGUGCUCUCCAGAAGCGUCGCGGAUAA